AUGGAUUUUGAUCCUCCGACAUUGGAUGAGCCAAUACGCUCUCUAAUGCCGGCACAAAUCCAGCAACAACCGCCACCUCCGAAACCCAAGCGGCCGCCAAAUGCAUAUAAUUUAUACUAUCUUGAAAUGCAGCCUAAAAUGAAAGCUGAAAAUCCACUUAUAGGAGGUAACGAUGUAUCAAAACUGAUAGGACAACAAUGGGGUGCGUUAUCUGACGAGCAAAAAAAGCCUUACAUUGAAAAAGCAAAUGAAAUUCGAGAACAAUUUCGACGUGAAAAUCCAAAUUGGCAUUAUGAAAAGAGUUCUGAAAAGAAGCAAUCGAAACGAAAUAAGAAAAUGACUCUUUCAAACAUGUUUUACGAUUUUCAUGAAACAAAUCAACAGCAGCAGUUCGAAAAUGAAGCUACUAAUAACUUGUUUCUUAUAGGAGCUACUGCAUUAGCACAAUAUAUAUUAUCUAGAAAAGAUUUACAAGAUGAUGUUGCGAAUUUUAUCAAAAAUCAAAAAGGUGAUGCAAAUAUAUCUUUUGAAUCAGAUCAACACUUUGAUCUUCCUCAAUAA